AUGUUAGCACAACCUAUAAAUAUCAAAAAAUGGAUUGAAGAGAAUAAUCAUUUACUCCAACCUCCUGUAAAUAAUUAUUGUCUUCACAGAGAUGGAUUCACAGUCAUGAUAGUUGGAGGACCAAAUGAAAGAACAGAUUAUCAUGUCAACCAAACUCCUGAAUAUUUCCACCAAUUGAAGGGUCAUAUGUGUCUUAAGGUUGUUGAUGAUGGCGAAUUCAAAGAUGUGAUUAUCAAUGAAGGAGAUUCAUUCUUACUUCCAGGAAAUGUUCCUCAUAAUCCAGUUAGAUUUGCUGACACCAUUGGAUUAGUCGUUGAACAGGAUAGACCAGAAGGUGUAAACGAUAAGAUUAGAUGGUAUUGUCUGGGAUGUAAGGAAAUUACAUACGAGAAAGAGUUUUACUGUUAUAACUUGGGCACACAAAUUAAGGAGGCUAUUCUUGCAUUUGAUGCUGAUGAUGAAGCAAGAACUUGUGGAAAGUGUGGAACUUACAACUAUUCCAAACCGCAAUAA